GGAGCGGCGCGCCCCGCCAGGGCUGGAGGCAAGCGUGCGCGGCGGGCGCCACUGUCUCAGCAGGGGAGCGGGGCUGCCCCAGGUGCUGGUGAGUGGCGCGGCUCCCAGCUACGAGGGACUGAGGGGCGCCGGACACGGGGAAAGCGGCGGGAGAGUCUGGAGGGGCCCGAGCUUCGGCUCCCGUCGUCUUGUGGCGGGCCAGGCGCGGAGCCCGGUGUAGGGAGCAAUCUACACCUCCAGGCGGGAAGCCCAGGGAAGGAGCAGCAAGACGCCUGGCGUGCGGCCCAGGAGCGGCGGGGCAGCUGGAGGUCAGAGCUGGAACCUCAGGACCCUUGGUCGCAGCCGCCCACGCGCAGAGGGAGCCAUACCAGCGCGCCGGCGGGGGCCGGAGCCCGGCGGGGCGCGGGAACAGGGGCGCCCCCGUGCGGACCUGCCGGGCAGCCUUAGAGCGGCGGCCGAGGCCAUGCUCAAACCCAAGGACCUCUGCCCCCGAGCGGGUACGCGCACCUUCUUGGAGGCCAUGCAGGCGGGUAAAGUGCACCUGGCCCGCUUUGUGCUGGAUGCCCUGGACCGCAGCAUCAUCGACUGCCGCGCGGAGCAGGGCCGCACGCCGCUCAUGGUGGCCGUGGGCUUGCCAGACCCGGCGCUGCGCUCGCGCUUUGUAAGACUACUGCUGGAGCAGGGUGCGGCCGUGAACCUGCGGGACGAGCGCGGCCGCACGGCACUCAGCCUGGCGUGCGAGCGCGGCCACCUGGACGCGGUGCAACUGCUGGUGCAGUUUAGCGGCGACCCCGAGGCGGCCGACUCGGCGGGCAACAGCCCGGUGAUGUGGGCGGCGGCGUGCGGCCACGGGGCAGUGCUCGAGUUCCUGGUGCGCUCUUUCCGCCGCCUCGGUCUGCGCCUUGACCGCACCAAUAGGGCAGGCCUCACGGCGCUGCAGCUGGCCGCCGCCCGCGGCCACGGGACGUGUGUGCAGGCCCUUACCGGGCCCUGGGGCCGAGCAGCCGCCGCGGCCGCGGCCCGGGGCUCCAACUCCGACAGCCCCCCUGGCCGUCCGGUUCCCGCGCCUAGCCCCGAGCGCCGACGACCCAGCCCCCGCCGCCUACCGCGGCCUCUCCUGGCGCGCUUUGCACGAGCGGCCGGCGGCCACGGCCACGGGGGCGAGGCUGGCUCGGGGGGUAAGGGCUCCGGCCGGCACCGGGCGCAGGGCAGCGAGCGGCCGGAGCUGGGCCGGAGCAUGAGCCUGGCGUUGGGUGCCGUGACCGAGGAGGAGGCGGCUCGACUACGGGCGGGAGCCCUGAUGGCCCAACCACACUCACCCCAGUCUUCCGGGGCUGGACGGUGGCAUUCGCAGGAGGUGCUGGAGGGAGCGCCCCCAACCUUAGUGCAAGUCCCCGUCGGCCUUAGCCCUCACCCUGAGGGCGGCCCCGGCUCUGGCCGCUUGGGUUUGCGCCGACGGUCCACAGCUCCAGACAUCCCCAGCCUGGUCGGGGAGGCACCUGGGCCCGAGGGCUGCCCGGAAUUAGAGCCCAACGCUCUGCCCCAUUUGGUGCCUGGGUCUCAGCCUUGGCAGGCUGGCACGGAGGCGGUGGUGCUGCACGCUCAGCGGUAAAGUCUCCAAGCAGAGCCCUGUUUCCCCUACCUUCCCGUCUCUGUUCCACGAGGAUUUCUGUUUUUCCAGGUCCCUCACUUUCCUGGUAGUUUCCCACCCCCCUGAUCCUAGAACCUGUUCCUACUGCCAAGGCGAGAACUACAUCAGCCCUCUCUCUGAAAGGGACCCCUAUGUUAUUUCUUUUUUGUGCUUGUUGGUAUUCCCUGCCUAAGUCUCUCACCUGCUCUAAAGGCCUGCCAUUCCUGUGGUGGAAGCAAGGAGUAGAUUGGUUCCAUAGGCUACGGCCUUCCAGCUGGACUCUCUUACCUCAGCGCUAAGGCUCUGUGCUGAGUCCUUCCGGCUCCGGCUGGGGUUUCCUUCGCCUUGCCCGGUUUUCCCACACCCUUGCCAGCCAGGCAGGCAGAACAGCUGACCUGUAGAACAAAGGCCUAGUCUCCCUCCCAACAUCCCUCUAACCCAGUGAUACUGACAAUAAUACCCCACACGACCUAAGUCUCCCUUCUCAUUAAGUGUUAGAGUGUUGGAGAAGGGGAGCCUGGAGACGUGCCUCGGAGCCUUUCUGGACGGAGACGGAAUCCGGAGGUUAAAUUUUUCUAGGGAGAAACUCCUGCCUCAAGACACUGAAAGCAUGUUGGUGGGGUGGGGGGUGGCAGGAACACUAAUUGUCCCUUAAACCAGCUUUUGGGUAGUUUCAGAUCCCUCUGCCUCAGCCCGAGGCAGACCCAGGAUUCAGCUUCAUUGACAGUGUGGGGGUCUUUGCCUCCAGCCAACUCUUACCCAGCCCAGCUUUGGGCUCUUGAGCCUAUUUCCUCACUCUCAGAGGCCUAAAAUGGAAAAGACUUAGCACUUUACCCACCCCCCACCGCCUCCCAGCUCCCCCGUCCCGCACGUGGGUGCUCCUGCAGGGUGGAACGGUUGCGAAGGCUUUGCUUAAUUGUAUUUCUUCCAGUCCUCAAAGAACUCGUGUUUUGAGCCUUUGUAUAUGAAGCAGAAAGCAGCGGGUCUGAUCCGAGGCUUAAGAACCUGACAAUGUCUCUUUAAAUAGAAGCUCUGCGAGGGGGAUAAUUGACUGAAGUGUUUGCCACGUUAAACGGCGGCGCGCGGGAGUCUGAAGCCCACACGAGCCGCAGGUCCGGGUUUAAAUUACAUCGAACUCCGGCGAGAGCUGGAAGGGGGCUGUUAAACGGUUCCUGCCUCUCGCUGGGCCGUUAAUGGAGGGCAGGGCGGAUGAUGGAUGCUGGAGGUCGAGACCAAGGACCCCUGCCUCUGCCACAACGCGUGGGAUGCAGGCCCCCGGCCAGCUUCAUUACUGGGCAGAUUAGUGAGUCAGAGGAGUCAGUGGAGAGGCAGUUAAAGGCCUUUUCCCGGCCUGGCCCUUCCUCCCCUCCCUCCCUGGCCCCGCCCUCUUUGCGACGGCCUAGUGAGAAGAGUAUGGGGGGCUCUGGCGAAUCGCGUGCCCUAGGACCCUACGGAAGCGCUAGCACAGAGUGGUGGCGCCUGGGGAGCUUUCUGUGAAUCCGAAGGUUGAGCGUGCAGCCCCUCACCUGCCUGCACUGGGGUCUUUUCAAGACGUCGAUCUAUUCGUCUUUGCAGAACGGAAGGUUUUUCACUGGUAACUCAGAGGGAACUGCCCAGGGCGAGAAUGACCUGUGAUGAGAAAUUGGCCUAGGGUGAGGGGUGGGUGAUCAGGGGCGGGCCUUGUGUUGUGUAGGUGUCAGACACCUCGGCAAUGGUUCCACCCCCCGGGGCCGCGAGCCCGCGAGCCCGCGAGGGCCUAGACACUGGACGUGAUCUCUGGUGCCCCCUGGUGGCAACGCUGCGCUCUCGCUGUGGCCUGGCUGGGAGUUCAGACUUCUGGUUUUAUUUGAAUCACCGCUGUGUACUUCUCCCUCCGUGUGCAUUUACCCAUGGAAUACUCUUCCUCUUGUAGUAUAUUAAAUCCGGAUACUUGAAGUCAUUUCACGGCAGUGAAGUGAGGGACGAUGAACAAAAAACUCACAUUUGGAGUAGCAGGAGCCCAGAUCCUUCACGUAGGACCCCAAGGUCUUCCGUGUGGAGAGCUCCUGCUGUCUUCUGAAAAACUGAGUUUCCAGCCUGUCCUCUAUGAUUUCUGAACCUUGGGACCUGCUGAUUAUGCACUGUUUUCUUCUGAUGAGAUUUGCUUUCAUUUCUGGGAUGUUUUGCCCUUGCCCCACUCCUUUCUCCCCAAAUAUCUCCUCUCCUCAGUCCCACUGUCUGGGUGGGGGGUGAAACAUACUGAAGCGCCUGAAAGGCCAGAGGGAGUGGAUCUAGGGUGGGAUGGGGGAUAAUUGGACACCCCAAGCACAAACUCCUUUUUUCUGAUCCUUGCUUGCUCAUUUAUCAUUUGCAACUGUGUUUAAUUUUCAUGAAGUUUUUAAUGGUGUAAGAAUACAAGUAUUUUGGCUGCUUCUGCGCACAAGGUCUGGGUUGCACAUUGUGUUGAAGGUGCUGUCAUGUUUCAAGUGUCGCUGACCCCGGGGCUUUCUGGUUGAAUGUCACCUUGCGCCCUCUUUAUUGGGUAAACAACCGCAAGAGCUCCUCUCUGUGGAGAUGCCAAGGAUUUGGUGGUUGAAAGUAAUGUCUCUGAAACAAACCACAGCAGAUCUUUCCUGUCUGCUCUGAAUUGUGGGUUUGACUGCCUUGCUGUUCUUGCAGAUUUCUUACCAGGCCCAGUUCUGUGCAGAACUUAAACAUUUCACCACAUUGCACUCUCCUGAAUUUCCCUUCACUGUCAGCCCCGGGACAUUAAGGCUGGGGUUCCCUCCAGUUUGCUCCAAUUUAGAAGAGACUUUUUGGAACAUUUUGCUUUUUCAACUCUUGUUGGCUUUUGUCAUUGUGAAGUCACCUGUGCCACCGGAGCUGGUACUCUUGGGUCAAGCUCAGAACUGGUCUGUGUAUGAGGCUAAAUGGCGUACGCACAUGCUUUUGGAAUGGCGCUGUGUGGUGGAAGAACUGUUAGAACUCAAAAGAAUAGUUAAUAAAUCCAGUGUUAUUCAGUUGUGGGAACUGGCCUCUCUUUGCCGUGCC